AUGGCGUCCAUCUGCCUGCGAUCCUGCCGCGUGCAGUCCGCCCUCCGAUCCGCCAGAAAUCCUACCACCGUCCGCCCCAGACUCCCUAGCAACAUCCCCCGACGUCAUGCUUCUACUGGCACCGGCUCCUCGACGGAAUCCCAGGCCGGUUCGGGUCUGAAAACUGGCCUGUACAGCAUUGCUCUCGUCGGUUCCCUCUACGUCUCCUAUCUCUAUGUAACCGAUACGAGGGCCUCCAUCCACGCAUUGUCACCCAUGUUGAUGCGCUUUGCAUGGAGCGACGCCGAGGACGCUCACCACGCCGGCACUGGCAUGAUGAAAACUCUCUACGAUCUCGGCCUACACAUCCGCGAACGCGAUAGAACCCUCACCGAACACCCUGCUCUGGCGACGGAAGUCUACGGAAUGAAACUGUCCAACCCCAUCGGUAUCAGCGCCGGCCUCGACAAGCACGCCGACAUUCCUGACGCCCUCUUCGCCCUCGGUGCCGGCAUCGUUGAGGUUGGUGGCUGCACGCCCCGCCCGCAGGACGGCAACCCUCGCCCGCGUGUCUUCCGCGUUCCCAGUCUCGACGGCAUGAUCAAUCGAUACGGUCUCAACUCGCGGGGUGCCGACAGCAUGGCCAUCACCCUGAGGGAGCGCGUGCGCAAGUUCGCUCGCAAGGUUGGCGCGACGGAGCAGGAGGUUCUGGACGGCGAGGCUGGUGUCCCUGCUGGCAGUUUGCUUCCCGGCAGAUUGCUGGCUGUGCAGAUUGCCAAGAACAAGGAGACGGACCAAAAGGAUGUCAAUGCCGUUGCUCAGGACUACGUUUACUGCGUGCAACGUCUUGCUAGGUAUGCCGAUAUCCUGGUGGUCAACGUGAGCAGCCCAAACACCCCUGGUCUCCGCGACUUGCAGGCCACCGAGCCUCUGACGAGGCUGUUGAGUGCCGUGGUUCAGGAGGCUCGCAAGGUCGACCGCAAGGUCGCCCCCAAGGUCAUGGUCAAGGUCUCCCCUGACGAGGAGGAGGAUGCCCAAAUUGAGGGUAUCGUCCAGGCUGUCUGCAGCAGCGGUGUCGACGGUGUCAUCGUGGGCAACACCACCAACCGUCGCACAGGCAUCGUUCCCCAAGGCGUCAAGCUUACUGUCAAGGAGCAGAAGGCGCUGCAGGAGACGGGUGGUUACUCGGGACCCGCCAUGUACAGCAGAACCCUGGAUCUGGUCGGAAGAUAUCGCAAGAAACUCGAUGCCCAGACCCUCCAGACCGGCUCGGCCGAGGAGGCGGCUGCUAUUCCUGAUGUUGACGGCUCCCUCUCCGGCAAGCUUCACGAUUUGAUCGAGGGCAAGGAUACACCGAGAAAGGUCAUCUUCGCGACAGGCGGCAUUACAAAUGGAGAGCAGGCGCUCAAGAUCCUCAAUGCGGGCGCCAGCGUGGCCAUGGUGUACACUGGCUUGACGUACGGCGGACCGGGAACAAUUACAAAGAUAAAACGGGAGAUUAAGGACCAGGCGUAG